AUGGCUUUGGGGCUGCCGUGCAAGUUGGUCUUCUUGCUUCUCCUGCCUCGGGGAGUGGACGCAUCGGAGACGUGGGAGCAAAUAACCCCUACUGGCACUCCGCCAAGUGCUCGAAAGGGCCAUGCAGCUGCCUGGAACGCCAACGAAAGCCGGAUGUUUGUCUUCGGAGGCUAUCAGAGCGGCAGUUACUUGAACGACCUUUACUACUUCGACAGCCGGGAAAUAUCCUGGCAGCAGCUGAACCCAGCAACACCUCCCGACGGGCGCGAUCUGGCCUCAGCAGCUUGGAAUCCAUGUGAGGGCUUGAUAUACCUCUUCGGAGGAAGGACGGCAAGCAGUCCCUUGAGUGACCUGUGGUAUUAUGGCAUCCAAGAGAACUCAUGGCAGCAGCUCUCUCCGGAUGGCUCCGUGCCCGCCCGAUACUACCACACGGCUGUUUGGAGCAUCCAGCUUUCCUGCCUCUAUGUCUUCGGCGGCGUUGGUGCUUCCGGGGCGCUCGGAGACCUCCACUACUACAGCAGCGUGAACAACACCUGGGAGGAGGUCCUCCCCAGCGGUAGCCCCCCGGGCGCACGUUUUGCGCACGCCGCAGCCUGGGACGACGACCUCCGCAGAAUGUAUGUCUUUGGCGGCGACGAUGGCAUCGGCACCAAGCUGAACGAUCUGUACUUGUUUGCAGCGGCAGGAAGCCUGUGGUCCUUGCUCUCCCCAAGCGGCUCUGUGCCGAGUGCUCGCAGCAGCAUGCCAGCGGUGUGGUCCCCGAUCGAGAGCCGGAUGUACGUUUUCGGAGGAAGCGACGGCACCCGCUUUGAUGACUUGCAUUACUACGACGCGGACGCAAACAACUGGCAGCCGAUCACACUCCCAUCUCCAGAGGCACGGAUUGACCAUACUGCUGUUUGGAGUGGCGUGGAAAGCCGGAUGUAUGUCUUCGGUGGACAGUCAGACAGUGGCGAGCUGAACGACUUGCAGGCGUUCAACAGCAGUGCUAGUGCGGAUACCAGCAUUCCCAUUUGCACCUCCACCACAACCACGUUGACCGUCACCAGCACCGCAAGCAGCACCACAAGCACCAGCGCAACCAUCACCGCGAGUAGCACCGCAAGCACCACUGCAACCAGCGCAAGCACCACCACAAGCACCGCCACAAGCACCACGGCAAGCGCCACCUCAAGCACCACUAAAAGCACCACCUCAAGCACAACUACAAGCACCACUGCAAGCACCACUGCAAGCACCACUGCAAGCACCACCGCAAGCAGCAGUGCAACCAGCACUGCAACGAUCACCACAAGCACCGGCACAGGCAGCACCUCUGCCAGCACCUGGACAAGCUCGGGCGUCGUACCAACAAGCUCCACCACCUUGAGCUCGAUCUCCCACAGCACGUCCAGCACCACGACACUGUCCUCCACUUCGUCUCGGACCUCAUCAGAAACAACCGAGACAAGCACGAGCUCCACCGGCUCCAAGACGACGAUGACAACGUCGACGGUCACGAGCACCAGCAGCACUUCCGGCUCCACGUCUUCCACACGCUCAAGCUCCACCCACACCGAAACGACCGUGACCGGAACCUCGACCCUUUCCUUGACAGGAACAAGCACGAGUGAGAGCAGCACCAGCACCACCUUCUCCACCUCCUCCACUUCAAGCUCCACCAGCACCUCACACACGGCCACAAGCACGUCUUCAAGAGGCAUCAAGAAGCCCCUGCCUCAGCUCGUCGAGGAGCUGCAGUCCGAAGCUGCAAACUUGGCGCAGGAGCUCCUGGCCAACCUCGACAGCAACGAAAGCGAACUUGCGGUCACGACGCCGCAAGGCCCGGUCACGGCCGUCAGGCUGCCAGACACCACGGAGGAGGCCUCGCUCGUGCACGUGGUGGUGCAGGAAAGCCCUGCUCAAGUACUCUUCUCUCCCGCGUCCGUCGGCUUGUCUACCCUGUCGCAGAGCUCGGAGAACACGACUUUGACCUUGGUGGUGUCCUCCUUGUCUGGGAAUGCCAGCAGACUCCUUCUGGGGCGUGGGACGGAGGUCGACCUGGCACCCUCGACAGAGCCGGCAGCGGGCGCGGGAGGCGCGGCGCCAGUGACGCGUUUGGUCGCCGACGCCGUGGACGCCUCCCUCCUCGAAACCGUCGGCGCAAGGACCAGAUCCCUCUCCAUCGAGGGCACGCUCUCACCGAUCUACCUUCGGCUGUCGGAUGACUCUCCACAGUCUGGGUGGUACUGCGCCUUCCUGGAUGGGGAGUCUUGGUCCAGGGAUGGCGUGCGCCUGGCUACUGCGGCAGAGGUCGCUGCGCUCCAUGGGCCCGACGCGAACGUCUCGGGCGUCUGGUGCGCCACGUCGCACCUCUCCAUCUUCGGGGUCCUGGUGGAUGCCUUGCUGGACUGCACGAACCUCAAUGUGCUGUCACAGGAGGGCUUGCAGCAACUGCACUCAGCCUGGUGGCGGCUGUUGCCAGCAGUGGCCUUGUGGGUGCUACUGGCUUCGCUUCUGCUUCUCGUCAUGCUGGGCGCGGCCCAGGAUGCACGCUGGCAGCGCACAGGCCGGGCUGUGCAACAAAGCGCAGCACAAGCACAUACCUAUAGGUAG